GUGUGUGUGUGUGUGUGUGUGUGUGUGUGGGUGGGUGGGUAGAUGAAGGCAGUGUCGGAUAACGUCCGCCUUGCACCUCCUCUGCCUGGCUGAGGCUGCGAUGCAAAUGUAUAAGUAGGAGUUCACCGCCUCGUCUCCAGCUCGUGUUCCUUCACCUAGGUCUGACACGUUUUACAGCAUCACAUCAUUGCUGAAAUCAGGGACACUCUGCAACUAACUGCCACUUUCGUUUGGUAUACUUUUGAGCCGGCCAGACCGGCGAGGACCUGAAUCGUCUCGUCAGUGAUUUACUGUUCAGACGCCUUUCCGAUAUUAUCAAGCUCAACACGACUACUAGCAACCUAACAAACACCAACACAAUGCCUCAAACACCAAAGACACCUUCACGGCGGGACUCAUGGCCACCAACCCUGGUGCGCCUCGCCCCGACAAUCCCCAAGGACUACCCAUCCCUCGACGACAUCGACGAGGACCCCUUGACCUAUUUCCUAACACCCGCGCCCGAUCUGGAGGACGACAACGAGGACGACAUGACCAUGAUGGACUUUGACGCCGGCAUCGAAGACGACAGCGAGCGGGAGAUCGUCCGCAGCGUCAGCCCUUCAAGCCUAGACGGGCUAAACAAGUCCAAAUCCCGCAGCAAGUCGCCGCCCGUCCCCGACCUCUCGGACCUCGCCACGCCGGACACGGACGAUGAGGAGGAAGAUUACAUCCGCUUCGCGCCGCAGGGGUUCAUGAUCCCCUUUAGCCUGCGCGAUUUCGCCAUCGACGGCCUAAAAUCCAUGGCCAAGUCCAAGUCUCGCCCUUCCAAGCCAUCGGACAACAAUGUGCUUCUCUCGCCGUCGUUGUUCCCGCCUACUCGGGGCCGAGCACCCGUGCGACCCGGCGGCGGGCGGGGCCGGCAGCGCACGACUUCGUACCGGCACCACCGGCCGCAGCACGUUUGGCGCGAGCCGAGCCCGGACGUCUGGUCUAUUGAGGAGGAGACGGAGGAGGAGCUCUUGAGCGAGUUGGGAAGCAGCGUCGGCGCCGUGAGCGAUUUGGAGCAUGACACGGAAGAUGAGACGGAGGAGGAUGCGGCGGCGACGUGUCCGGACAAGAGCGGAGACGUACAGGCUGCGAAGCCGAAGAAGAAGGUCCGGUUCCUGUUGCCCUCUUUGGAGUGAGCGAACUGGAAGCAUAAGCAUAUCACGGCGUUUUCGGUGGUUGGGCACAAGCAUAUUCCACCUGCAUUGGGAGGUUUAUCGUCAUUUAGUUUACUUUUCUCUUUCCUUCUUCUCUUUCGGUAUACGCCGUCCUCUGGUUCUGCACAAUACCCGUCAUUUCGGAUGGUAAUUUGGG